UAUACAUGAAGUUUUCUAUAUGUCUAAACUUGAACUGAGUCUUGAAGUGAUAAAUCAGUGAGUGAGGGAGGUUUUUGAAAAAUAUUAAAGGCUACAUAUUAGUAAUUAGUAUUUAUUUAAGUUUAUCUUUUUAUUUCAAGCUUUUUGUAAUUGUCUAUUCAUUGCUGCUGCCGCUGCCACCUCUCUUGGUUUGCUUUUGCUGCGGUACUGUUGCGGUACGCAUUUAUUUUCUAUUAUGCAAUGCUAGUUGACUAUCUUAAUUGUAGUCUACACGUUUCACUUAAACUAAUUUUCAACAUACGAGCUAUUUUAAUCCUGCUAGUUGCUGCUGUCCAACUUUAGUCAAUGAACAGAACUAAACAUUUUUCAAAAUUUAUUGUGUUUGCUUGCUUGCUCUUAGUUUACUUCUUGAACUAAAUCUUGUGUUUCCUUGUUUGGUGAAUCUUGAUGUCAUGCUUAUUCAUGCAAAAAUUGUUAGAAAAUUGAUUGAUUUGUAACAUAAUUGAUAACCUUGAGUCCUUGAUCAUCUUGAGAAAUAAAAAAAUAUGAUUCUGAUGAGAUUAUUACAAUUUGUGCUCUUGAAGCAGCUGUCCGCUGGUAGUUCUGCUCCCUUGCACAGCUUACAUGGUUUUGGAAAUUUAAGCGAGACUAUCAAGAAUGAGUUCAUGAUGAAUUGGGAUGGUCUACGAACAAAAGACAAAGAGCGUAUACUUGUUCUCGCUGCUACAAAUAGGCCCUUUGAUCUUGAUGAGGCUGUUAUCAGGAGGCUUCCAAGAAGUGCCAAAGAUCUAGUCAAGAUGUUACAUGCUGAUGCCAAGGAAUGGCUUUUAGCAGUUGAAGUCCUUAGUCAGAGGUGGCCAGCUUUGGGGGAUUGAUGUCUACACAUAUGACUCAAAUCUUGUUGCAGUUCUCAUGCUUACAGGUUAUUGUCGCCCAACAGCUUCUCCACCUCAGACAGCUAUACAAGAGUUGCGUGCAACCAUUUGUAUGCUACAACUUAGUCCGGAUGUUGUUCAGGAAUUAGAUUAGAUUUUUUCUAAUAUAGAAUUGUAGUUUUUUUAAAUGUUUAUUUUGGAAGUUGAAUUUAUUUUUUCUUAAAUGUUUCAUUCAUAUUUUAUUAUGUACAUAAUUCAUAUAAAUCAA